UUACCCCAGCUGCCAGACGGUCUCUGGACCCGAGCAACGCCACGCAGCCAUUCGCUAGGCCACGGCGCCCUCCCCAUUUCUGGAAGCGACUCUCCUUUCCAAGAGGCGGCGGAGCGGGAAAGAUGAGUCGCUCCCGUAACCCGCGCCUCGCCUCCUUCCCCCUCGACGCCGAGGGAAAAGUGAGCCGCGCGCGCCAUCGGGAGCGGGGAGGGGGGGAGGCUGCGCGCAAGCGCCUGCCUGGCGGCUCUUUACCUCGCGCGCCCCCUCCCCGCCCGGCCGCCCCUCGCGCGCUCCAGCCUAUUGUUCCGCCGCCGGCGCUUCCUUUCUUUCCCCUCUCGUUUUUCUCCCCCACCCCCCUCGGAAGUGGGCGGGGUUUUUCCCCCGGCUGCGUCCGACUGACACUUCGGGGGCGGGCCGGAGCCGCUAGAAAACGAGAGACUGGAGCCGGCUUGCCCGGCGGCACAGAAUCAUCGGAGGCGGCAUCGCUGCUGUUGUUGGAGGCAGCUUUGGGGCCUGCUGUGCGGCGCUUGGGCUGCCUCGGCGCGGGCUGGCAAGCCAAUGAGGGCCCGGACUCCGGCCCUCGCUGCCUCAGGAGCUGCCGGGAGCCCCCCGUGCCGACCUCCGGCCCGAAUAAGGGCGGGUCGAUUGCCCCCCCCAUGCGGCGGCUCCAGGAGAAGUUCAGGAGGUUCAUGAAUCAUCCAGCUCCAGCAAACAGUCGUUAUAAACCUACUUGCUAUGAGCAUGCUGCUAACUGUUACACUCAUGCAUUUCUUAUUUUCCCAGCCAUUGUUGGUAGUGCCCUCCUUCAUCGACUCUCUGAGGAUCAGUGGGAAAAGAUAACAGCAUGGAUAUAUGGAGUUGGUCUGUGUGCACUUUUCAUCAUUUCAACAGUGUUUCAUAUCAUUUCUUGGAAGAAGAGUCAUCUAAGGACAAUGGAGCACUGUUUCCAUAUGUGUGACCGAAUGAUGAUCUAUAUCUUCAUUGCAGCAUCAUAUGCACCUUGGUUAAACCUUCGUGAACUUGGGCCUCUGGCAUCUCAUAUGCGUUGGUUUAUCUGGCUAAUGGCUGCUGGAGGAGCUUUUUAUGUAUUUCUCUACCACGAAAAGUAUAAAAUUGUGGAGCUGUUCUUCUAUUUAGCAAUGGGAUUUUCUCCUGCUCUAGUUGUAACUUCCAUGAACAACACAGAUGGACUUCAAGAACUUGCCUGGGGAGGUGUAAUUUAUUGCAUGGGAGUGAUCUUCUUCAAGAGUGAUGGAAUAAUUCCAUUUGCCCAUGCCAUCUGGCAUCUGUUUGUUGCCACCGCAGCUGCUGUUCAUUAUUAUGCUAUUUGGAAGUAUCUUUACAAAAGUCCUGCAGAUAUCAUCCUUCAGCUAUGAUAUGAAACAUGAAGACAGAGACAUUUGCAACAACAAUAUGCCUUUGACUCAGUAUUACUUGGGGAAAAGAAGUUCUUGGGAAAUGUGGGGAGGGGGGUUGUAGAGGGAAAAAUGCACUGACUUCGAUUGUUUUCACUUUUACUGUGAACUUAUGUGACAAAAAUCUUUUGUAGAAUUACAGUUUGCAUAGCAAGUGCUGGAGCCCCUCGUUCUCUAAGCACUCUCCUAGGAGAGCCCCAGCUGAAAUAAAUAGGACUUGGGCAACAACAUGGCACUCCUGUUCAUUUCAGGGCGGCUUGCACAGAAGCCUAUCCUUUUCAUGUGGCAUCCACCGUGAAGAUCUGGAGGCUACAUCUAACCACUGAAUUUUAGGUGGGGCAUUUAAGUCCAUUUAAGCCCAGGUUGGGAUUGUGGUUCAAACCAACAUGCUGCAUUAUGAAAUAUCCAUUCCACAUUAACAAGCUACAACGAUGUGAAAAAAUGGGUGGUGGUAUGUUUACAAAUUCUUUUUUAAUGUCUGUCAUAAGUUUAACUUUGUCAUCUUUAAACAAUGUAAACUUAUGAAUUGUAGACGUUUAUGUGACAGCAAAACCACAUUUUUAAAAUUGCUUCUAUCACUUUUCACAAAUAAUUUCAUAAAAUACAAAUCAUGGACCGAUAGGGUUUAGCUCUUUCCUCCCAAACCUGAUAAACCAAUGUGACUUUUAUAAAAUGUUUUUUUUUAAUAAAUUAAAGAAAUGGCUUUUUUUUUUUUUUUGCGAAAACCAAAAACAAGCCUGGCUACAUUCCAUGUAUUGGUACAUAAUAUAUCUACCAGGUUUUUUCAUUUAAAAGAAAACGUGAUUGAUAAUAAUUUCUAAAACUGGCUUUGCCAAACUAAAAGCCUGAAAAGCUUCCACCCUCUGUGGUAAACUGCAUUGCCUGUGUGGAAUGUAUUUCAGAAUACAACUAAUGCUACCUAAUACAGUGCCAUUUCUAGAAGAAUUUGUAGGUAUCUGUGUGAAAGCAUUCUGAACAUUUUAGUUAGAAAUUGUGACCAGCAGUCAACAGCUGUAACAUUUGAAUGACUGAAGCAUCAGUAAUUUUGUAGAUUCGUAAGACAUUUGGUGCUCAAGCAGAGGUCCUAGUGCAACUUUAUGCCUGUUUACUCAGAAGUAAAUCUCAUGGUAUUAAUGAGGUUUACUCCCUAGUGAUAUUAGGACUGCGUCCUUACAGUAUUAGAUUACAGUACAAGAUUACUAGUUGGGCCAAUUACUCCCAUUGGGUGUAACCUCACUAGGGUACUUUUGCCAUUUCUGAAAACUAAAGAGUUGCUGAUAAAAUUUUUGAAUAUUAAUAGUGAGUGGUUCACUAUAACACCCAAAUGGCCUUUAUGGAAGGGAAACUUAAAAGACUUGUGAUGUCUCCUACAUCUGGGACUUAAAGUCACAAAACUGCAAGAGUAUGUGGUUCUUACCAUAGUAGUUGGGAUAAUAACGGUAGCAGUUUGGUUGUCUGAUGUGCUUAUUAAAUGACAAGAUGUUUGAAUCUUCGUUGUGAUGGUCAUUGUCAAGUUACUGUAUACGUCCCACUGUACUAUGAAUGUCUUAUAUUAAGAUUGAAUUUAUGCUUUUUGUAACUUGCUCUUUUUCAUGUAAGUGUUUUAAAAAAAACCUAAAAUGAAACAUGUUGCCUUUUUCAGAUUUUACUCUGGAGAUUUUACCUGUGAAACAACAGAAUGAAACUAUUAAAAUGUUGGGGGAGUGUGCCCCCCUUCCACA